AAUACUAUAACUAACCAUGAUUUUCUAUCUAGCAAAUAUAUUCCUCCUCACCGCUGUUUCGGCCAUUCCAAGUGGUCGUGUUGAUGUGGUGUAUCCAUCCGUGGAAACUUCCAGAUCUGGAGAAAAGACAAUUAAAUUUAAAGCGCUGGACCAAGACAUCGAAUUGAAACUGAAACCAGCAGGUGAAAUAUUGGCAAGAAACUUCGCACUCGUAGACGAAAAUGACCAAAUGUAUUAUUCAAUCGACGUAGAAGACUUGAAAAGAAGAAUCUACAGAGAUAGUGAUAAGGGAGCAGCACUUUUGAUCGAUGAAGACGGGCCUCUUACUAUUCAAGGAAUAGUUAAUUCGAAUAUGAGAAUCGCACCUUACGAGUCGGGAAGAAUGGUUAAAGAUGGAAGAAUAGCGCAUCAAAUUGUGGAAGUUAUAAGUGACAAAAACUCCUUUAUGAAUGACGUUGUAACUACUGAUAUUAAUAGAAAACUGGAAAACGUAGAGAGAAGAGCAGGGAAAAAGAAAUGUAUUGUUAUAGAAUAUUUGUGUGUAACAGAAAGUAAUUUUACUAAGCGUUUUAAUACAGAUAAAGCUUUAACAGAAUACGUAACCAUAUUAUUUACUGGGGUUCAAAACCUACUAGAAAAAUUAAACUUGGGAAUAAAAGUUCGUUUACUGGGAAUUCAAGCAUUUAAGAUAGGAACCGAACCUUCUUUCAUCAAAGAUAGUGCCAUUCCCGGUCACGAAAAACAUCUUGAUCCGGUUGAUCUAGUUGUAAAUAUGGGGAAAUAUUAUUGUAAAAAUGACAGUGGUUUAGCAAAGGAGGCAGAUAUAAUUAUGCUUAUACUUAGUCGUAAAUUAGGCGAGUUAGAAGAUGAUGGUACCGUCUCUUUUAAUACUGCGGGUAUUUCAAUUAGUGAAGGUGUUUGUGUGCAAUGCCAGAAAGUCGGAGUGGCCUAUGACGAUUCGGAUUACAACGAAAGAGUCGAUACCGUAGCUCAUGAAACGGCCCAUCUAAUCGGAAGUCCACACGAUGGGGAAGGACCGGAAGAAAUGAGCAUUCCUGAUAAUCCGGGUGCCAAAAAUUGUUCCUAUGACGACGGUUACAUAAUGGGAAGUCACAAUGAUGAAGUUAACAAAUUCAAAUUUUCCGAGUGUACUAAGAAGUGUAUUGAACAUCUAUUAUCAUUACCUCAAGCAGCCUGUCUUUAUGAAGAUUGCAAAUGAACUUUAUUAAAUAAAU